CUUGCGUCCAUUAGCUCACUAAUUGGUCUACGUGACACGAAAAUGCAUCGCCACGGAGAACAAAGCGUGAUUGAUGGUCCAUACUGAUGGAGCCAUUAUCUCAGGCGUAUGGUUUUACAGCUUAAAAGGCCAUUUCCUAGCUCUCCGUUAAUCCAACUAGGACUCUCUCAUGUAGGUACUUUUCUAAAAAUGAAUAAACUACCCUUAGUAAUAUCACUACUAUUUUCUUGUUACUUGUUUAUAGUAGCUAAUUUGACAAUCCCAUUGGAAGAAAAAACAAAAUACAAAAUGAUAAAAUGCGCAGUAGAAGUGGCUAACGCUAAUUUUAACGUCAGAAAACACACCGUUUUCUUGUCAAAUGAAGUUGAAGAUCAAGUGUCAAACAAAUUCUUGAAAUCAUUUAAAGGUACAGUUAUUAUAGAGACGAAGAGAGAUGAUGCACCACCGAGACAUGUAGUAGUCGUAAUAGAGUCUUACAUCUCUUUCAUAAGGAUUCUUAACGUUAUGAAGCCGGAUCUAAAAGGCAAGACCGUUUUGACCAGUGGAGCAAAGUUUUUAAUCAUCUUACUCAAUCCAGUGAAACUUGAAAGGAUCACCGAUAUAAUGUGGAGUUUUAACGCUGUUAAUCUCCUCAUAAUUACAAGAGAUGGUGAUAAAAUCGGUCUGUACACGUACUAUCCGUAUCGCAAUUAUACGCACUGCCACGAAACGGAACCUGUUCUCAUUCGGCAUUGGAAUAUAAAUUCGUCUCUGAAAUUUAAAGAUUUCCCUAACAAGAUGAAGAACAUGCACAAGUGUCCCUUUUACGUAUCCACGAAUAAGCUGUAUCAUCCCACAACAGAAAAACUGAUCCCUUUGCAAAUGAUUAAAAAGACAAUCGUGAAACUGCUGAGGGACCAAAUGAAUUUCACACCAAUGAUUUUAAUGAGCGAUUAUGUCAGCAUAGACUCAGAUCGCGCCAAGAACUGGUCAGAUUCCCUGAAUGACGUCAUCUCUGGGCUCGCGAAUAUUUCAACUUGCAGUAUUCCUUUGGGUGUGGAUCGGUUGGGGCUUUUAGACUAUUCGAUGCCGUAUUUUCGAGUACGCCUCGCUUGGUUAGCCCCGCCUAUAGGCCAAGGGCCGGUGUGGUGGCGUUUAUUCACACCUUUGAACAGCUAUCUGUGGCUGGUAUUACUCUGUAUCGUGUUUUUUGUAACUUCUCUGCCAUUUACGCUAAAAUUUCGAAGAGUAAAGAAGUUCUGCUACAAACAUUUUAAGAACGUUCACAAAAUACAAGGCGCUGCUUUUCGAACGUGGGGAGUAAUGCUGGGGCAACCUAUCCGCGUGGCUCCUAAACGUUUUAGAGAUUUCUACAUCAUCAGCUUAUGGAUGUGGUUUACUUUCGUAGUCAGGAGUGCCUACCAGAGCGUUUUGAUUGGAGCCUUGAAAACUGAUCCAGUCGUAGGUAACUUCGCCAAUUUAAAGGAGACUAUUGAAUACGGAUAUAAAUUCGGAGGGCGAGGUGGAAUACUUACUCAUUUUGAAUACGAUCCCUUCAUAAAAGAGCAUUUUGACGUUAUACCAGAAGCUAGUUUCGAGCAAGUAUUCACCGAUAUCGUUGAAGGUCGGAAGGAGUUUGUUUUGGCUACGUCUGUUGAGUACGCUUGGGCAAAUUGCAUGGCAAAGGGUAAGAAAGAGCACGAAUGCGGACAUAUCCUCCCAGACUCGUUACUAACAGUGCCUCUCGUAAUUUGGAUGAAGAUGAGCUCCCCAUUCGUUCUUCCACUCUCCAUCUGGCUUCCAAGGUUCGUUGAGAGUGGUUUGCUGGAUCGCGAAGCAUCGCAAAAACCCUACAGUUCGUUAACUAAACUGUCCCCCGACCCUACACCAUUGACGGACCAUCAGAUUCUGAGCUGCAUGCUCUGCCUCUUGAUUGGCUAUGCAGUAUCCAUGGCAGUGUUUGUCAUGGAGAUAUUGAAGCCCAAAACCGCGGUCAUUAAGCGGCAUAUUGUAGUCAAGCGGACGUUAAUAACCGACAAAAUCGUUAAGAAUCGUAAUCAUAGGUUCGUUCACUAAGUUUUUUAGUAGUCGCCUGUGGUAUAACUCGUAUUAUGCUAUACAUAUCGUGUACGUUUCUCCGUUCUCCGGUAUAUGAUACGGCUUCUAGGAUGCUUUACAUUAUUGCUAUGGUGUUUGCAUAUAUUUAGCAAUAUUUAUAGGUUGAAAUCAGUGAACUGUUAUGGAGGGUAAAGGUAAGUAAGGAGAACCCUCUCUGUGUAUGAAAGUGUUCGUCAAAAACCUUAAAUAGGUGACGCCAGAAUACCUAGAGUAUUUGAUAAAAAUUCCAAUCACUGACAGCGCACUUCAUUCAGUCAAAAACGGCUAAAUUCAUUCAUGUCUUAUAGCUACUCUAGCGCCACUCUGGAGAGAUCUGGAACUGUUAUUUAUAGCUGACAGUUGGAUUCCUUUGCAACUGUACUCUCAUAAGAGAGUUUUCUCCUUACCUCUUCCCUCCAUACUAGUUGCUUUCAUAGGUUUUUUUUUGACAUGGAAAUAUUAAUAUUUGAGGGUAUUUGUCACAACUUUAAUUAUAAAUACUUGAGAUAGUGAAAUAAAACAUACAUGUAGAUAAAAAUGUGUUUUAUCUAAUUCUGACAUCAAAGUAUUUCCAUUUACAACUACAUUAAACACAAUUAAUUGACUUACAUAAAUGGAAGCCGCUAUGAAAAGAUAAGAGAUACAAGGACAUAACUCAAUUGUACAUUCAAAAGUUAGCCGAAAAAAUAUAAUCAUAUAAUAUUUAUAAAACGAAAAUCUAUUUCAAACUCUGCCCCUGUAUCUAUUCAAGCAUUAACUAACAUUUAGGAACAUUUAUACAAAAAUAGACAUUGAUAUAAGACAACGAUGUAAAAAUAUAAAAUUGUCAAGUUAUGUCUAAUGCAAUAUAUAUUUUUCUACUAUAAUACAUAUUUGGCACAAUUUGAUAUAAAUAAUUUACUUAAUUCAAUUGUACACAAUAAACAAC